AAACGUGUGGCGCCGGGAAAACGAGUUAAGAGAGGGGACGUAUUGUAUUGGUUUGUUAGUGUCGACGGUGUAUGUGACGCGUGUGUGUGUCGUGAGCCGUCUCGCCGGGAAUACACGGGAGAAUCGUUGCAGGCUCACUCAAUUGUAUAUGCAGUCUGUGCUCCAUAGUUUUAUCGUGUCUUUCGUGUUAAGUUUCUCAAAGUUUUUCAGGACUUUCACUGCUAGCUGGUUCAUUAGUUAUGACUACUCGUUGAUGAAUUAUCAUGAGAGAUUACAGCAACGUGAAAGCUUUUCGAGAUACGCUGACGCUGAAGAAUUUGAGUUUUAGUUUUUUUUCUAAUUGUUGGGAGACAUUUUUAUUAAUAGUCAAUUUUGAUUAAUUAAUUUAUUUAACUACAGAAUACGUCAUUCCGGUCAAUGAUGAUAUUAGUUUAUAGUUAUAUCAAAUAUUUUGGUAGAUUUUAAUAGAUGUACAAGACUUGAAGUAAAGCUUCGUAACAGAAAAAAAAAGUAAAUAAAUAAAACUAAAGUGAAAUGAGUGAAGGUUAUAAGUGUGAAGAUACAUUUUAUUUUAAAAAUACUGACAUUUAAGCUGGAAGCUCUAAAACAAUUAAAUUGACACUGUCUCUGACAUAAAUCUCAUACAGAUGAAAAUAAAUUAAGAGCUGAACAAACAUAAAAUAAUAAUAUAUGUAACGUAUUACUUAUUAAGAACAGUGUUGCUGAAGGCUGUGACAAACUGUCUAUUCAAGUAUACGAUUGAUUUUCGUGCAAUGCCGAGAUGUUGCAAUGAGAACAAAAUAGUGAGUCCUGUAAGCACGAAUAAUAAAGUGGAGACCAACGGUGAUAAUAUUUUACUCACAUCAACCCGUGCAUAUCCUAUUAGUAAUACUAAUGCACUUGAUAUUGAUGAUGAUAAUAAUCAUCCAAUUGUAGAAAAAUCACAUCGAAGAUUACGCUGUGACUUGAGUCCAGUACCGACUAAUUCUUCUAGUCGUUUAAAUAUCAAACUUCUCAAUUUAAAGACUGAUCGAGGACAUCGUCAAGAACAUUAUCAGGUGGGCACAGGUAGUGGAGGGUGUAGAGGACGAGAAAAGGAAUCGAAAAAGAGAGCAGCUAUAGGCAACGUAGUGCGAGGGUUAUUUCCAUCUGGCCAUUCCAGACAGGACAGGUAUGAAGCAAGUAGGCAACGUACGUCAGGCGGAGCUAGUGUUGGCCUGUCUGGUUUAUGUCCAAAGCUGGUGGCCAGUGGUGCCGGAAGUAGUCAAGGAGGAAUUGGGCUUGGUGUGGGUCAUAUAGCCUCACAAGAGACUGGAGGAACUUGUGGUAUUGUUAAUACACAGAAGACUCACAGUAACAGUCACCAUAAUCGUCGUCAGCGUAAAUUAUCUAUUAUUAAUCAAGUGGGAUCAAGUGCUAGUAGUAAAACAUCGUCAACGACUCGUUCAUUGACAAAUGUUAACAAAAAACAACAACGUAAUCAAAGUGACAGUAGUGUUGACUCGACGUCGAUAACGAGUAAUGGAGUGGUGUUUAGUGGCUCACCAUCGCCUAAAAAGAAAAGUAACUCUAGUAGCAUUUCUGAUGCAUGUUGUUCAUCACAAAGUUUGCACUUAAUUACUAGAGAUUACAGUAGCUGUGACACUGCCUGCAGUGAUGCUGAGGAGGUAGUUGAAAUUAUGUCGAGAGUAUCAGGUAUUGAUUCAAUAUCUAUUAUACCAGAUGGUAAAAUUAAAUCUAAUAAAUUAAAGGAUGAUAAUGAUAAGACUGCUGAAAAUAAUCCACUAGUCGAGACUGAGUCGGUGUGCAAUGAUGAUAAUACUAGUAAAAAAUCAUUGCACGAGACACAAGAUGCGCCUGAAAAUUCUAAAAUUAUUACAACAUCCGUUAAAAAAGUAUCACAAAAAAGUUUUGAUGUUGAUAAUUCAAGUCAUGUUAAAAAACGAUCAAUGAUGCGGUCAUCGAGUCAUCCUAGAUCUAUUGAUAGUUAUGAUAAACACCAGUCAUCAAGUGGAACUAAAUCGGAAGAACGUUCAAGAAAAACGUCUAAAGAUUCGGGAGUGGAUUCUGGAGAGAAGAAAAAAAAUUCUAGUGAUUCAGUGUCGCAAAUACCUAAGAGAAAAAUUUCAACAGAGUCUACUGAUAAUAGUGAUUCAAUUAUUAGGAAAAAUUCUACUAAAACAAUUAUUGAUAGUGAAAAUGAUAUAGUAAGUGCAGGAGAUAGUAAUGAAAAGUCAAAAUUAGAGAAAAUAAAAAAUACGAGAUUUAUAACAUCUAAAGUUACUGAAGAGUCAACGAUAUCGGAAAAUAAAGAACCGGAAGUUGCGUCUACUAUUGAAGAUGACAAUCAAGUAACGAUAUAUGAAGAUGAUAACGGUACGAGUAUCAGUGAUAUAGUAGCAGCUCAAGCGCUACGAGAGUCAUUAAGUAAAUUAGGAAAAGUACCAAUCUUUGAUGCUGAGCAAGAUGUCUGUGAAUCAACGAAAACUCAGAGUGAUAAUACCAUUGAAAGUAGUAAACCAACAGAAGAGACUGAGACUAAAGAUUCAGUGCAAGAAGAAACGGCUGAAGGUUUUAUUGGACCAUUGUUGGAUGAAAAUUUUAAAGCAGAUGAAAAACUUGAGAAACAAAAAACUAUGGCAAUGGAGGAUGUUAGAAAUUUACUUAUGAAAGUUAAAGUACAAACUGUUGAACAUGAUAAAGAUGAAGAAAAGGCUAUUGGUAUGUCUCCUGACGAACGUUUUCUUAAAUUUGAAGAAGAAAUUGGACGUGGAAGUUUCAAGACUGUUUAUCGAGGUCUCGAUACUCAAACUGGAGUAUCUGUAGCUUGGUGCGAGCUUCAGGAAAAAAAAUUAAAUAAAAGUGAAAGAUUGAGAUUUCGUGAAGAAGCUGAAAUGCUCAAGGGUCUUCAGCAUCCUAAUAUCGUAAGAUUUUAUGAUUAUUGGGAAGUCACUCUAACGAAAAGGAAAUACAUCGUCCUUGUCACAGAGCUCAUGACCUCAGGAACAUUAAAAACGUAUCUGAGAAGAUUUAAAAAAAUAAAUCCAAAAGUCGUAAAGUCGUGGUGCCGACAAAUUUUAAAAGGUUUAAGUUUUUUACAUUCGAGAUCACCGCCAAUAAUUCAUCGUGAUUUAAAAUGUGAUAAUAUUUUUAUUACUGGAACAACCGGAAGUGUUAAAAUUGGAGAUCUUGGUUUAGCAACUUUAAAAAAUCGAAGUUUUGCUAAAAGUGUAAUUGGUACACCGGAAUUCAUGGCACCGGAAAUGUAUGAAGAGCAUUAUGAUGAAUCUGUUGAUGUUUAUGCUUUUGGUAUGUGUAUGCUUGAAAUGGCAACAAGUGAAUAUCCAUAUUCCGAGUGUGCUGGACCAGCACAAAUUUAUAAACGAGUUGUAUCAGGUGUUAAGCCAUUGAGUUAUGAUAAAGUAGAAAAUCCAGAAGUACGUGAAAUAAUAGAAAUGUGUAUACGUUUAAAAAAAGAUGAACGUCCUCUAGUUAAAGAUUUAUUAAAUCAUGAAUUUUUUGCCGAUGAUGUGGGUUUAAAAUUGGAAAUGGUUUCGCGUGACAGUGCGGUAGCUGAUGCUGAAUUAUCUCGCGUUGAAUUUAGACUGCGUGUUCUUGAUCCGAAGAAACGUACCAACAAACACAAGGAAAAUGAAGCCAUACAAUUUGAUUUUGACAUACAGCGGGAUAAUGCUGAAGAGGUUGCAUUAGAAAUGGCAAAGUCUAGUUUAAUUCUUGAAGAAGACGCAAAGGCGGUUACUAAAAUGUUGAAAUCACAAAUUGCUACUUUGUUAAGAGAACGUGAAGAUCGUAAGCAUAAAGAAGAAAAAGAACGGUUAGAUAGAGAAGCUGAGACUCAGUCUGUUAAUGAAAAUUUGUUACAGCAACAACAACAACAGCAAUUAUUAUUACAACAAGUUCAAUUGCAACAACAACAAAUUCAAUCAAAUAUAAAUAUGCUACAAGGACAAGUAUCUAUGCAACAACCAAUGCAGUUGCAACAACAAAUGACAAUUCAACAACAGCAACAACAGCAACAACAACCACCACCACCACAUUUACAACAAAACCAACAAGGUCAACAAACAUGUCUACAACCACAGCAAGUGCAGAUUAUUCAGCAGCAGCCGUUGAUGCAACAACAACAAACGUCUGUGGUACAGCCUCAACAAGCUCAACAAAUUUCUCAAGCUACUCAAAAUACUCAGCAAUCUGUACAAUAUCAACAACAACCACAGCAACAACAAGCAUAUCAACAAAUGCAACAUGCUCAACAACAACAACAGCAGCAGCCCCAACAAUUUCAACCUCAAGCUCAAUCACAACCACAACAAUAUUCUCAACAUGUUACGCAAGCUUUAAGUGCUAAUUCUUCACAGUGUUCGACUCCACAGACUAUUCAAGGUCCACCACAAUUUCCAUCAAUUCAACAACACAUGUCACAACCUCAAGGGCAGUCGCAAAUACAACAACAACAACAACAGCAACAACCGCAGCAACAACAACAACAACAACCUUCAGUUCAACAGCAACCUACUAUUCAGUCACAAAUACAGCAGUCUCAAAUGCAUCAGCAUCCUCAAAUGCAGGCGCAAAUGCAAUCUCAGCCUCAAAUUCAACAUCAACAAACUCAAAUGCCACCUCAAAUGCAAUCUCAAUCUCAAAUUCAACAGCAGCAGCAACAACAACAGCCGCCUCAAAUUCAAUCUCAGUCUCAAAUUCAGCAACAACAAACGCAAAUUCCGUCUCAGAUGCAAUCUCAACCUCAAAUUCAACAACAGCAAUCGCAAAUGCAACCGCAAAUGCAAACCCAAUCUCAAAUUCAACAGCAACAAUCUCAAAUGCCACCUCAAAUACAACAAUCAUCUCAAAUUACACAGCAACAGCUUCAGAUGCCAACUCAUAAUCAACCACAACAAAUCCAAACUCAAAUUCAAACUCAGCCACAAAUGCAGCAACAAAUUCAACAGCCUUCACAAAUUAUUCAACAACCGCAACAGUCACAGCAGUACAUUCAGCUCAAUCAGAUGCCUGUUCCAUCACAAAUGCCUCUGUCAACUCAAGUAACAUCUCAAAUGCAAUCUGGAAUACAAAUGAAUCAUCCACAACAACAGCAAGUUAUUCGACAAGGUCAAACACAUAUUCAAUAUACGCAGACUCAGUUGCAACAACAGCUUCAGCAAAUUCAUCCAAAUGCUGUUAAUUCAACGCCAAUGCAAAUGCAACAAAAUGUUCAACAAUAUUAUCAACAAGGUAGUACGAAUGCUGCUGCUACUGCUGCUGCAUUUACUAAUGCAACGUUGUAUCAACAAAAUAUUCAACAACAAAUUUAUCAAUCAUAUCCUAAUAAUCCUAGUGCAUCUGGACAUAUUGAAAUUUUACAAUCAGGACACAAUGCUCAAGCUAUUUAUUCAAAUACAAAUGUUCCUUCAAAUGUCGUAAUACCAACAUCACAAACUUUUGUAACAACAUCAGGUCAACCUGGUCAAAUGGUAAUUCAAUCUGCUCAAAAUGUUCAAAAUUCAGCAGCUAUUCAAAAUGUACAACAACAAAAUUUACAACAAUCAUCUACUUGUGGUAAUAUACAAAAUAAUUCAGUAUUGCAAUCACAACAACAAAAUAUGUUAGUGCAAAUGCAAUAUACACAAAAUGUUAAUACUAUUCCAACUAGUAUAAAUAUUAUGACUGGUAAUAAUGUUACGACACAAUCAAAUAAUAUUCAACAUCAAUCACAAUUGAUAAAUCCAACUGAAAUUUAUAGUAAUACUGAUAAAGUUUGUUUAAAUAAACAAGACACUGUAGAAUCUAUUUUGUCAUUAACGUCUGAUGGACCAUUAAGUUUACAACAAGAUCAAUUACAAUCUCUUGGUUCAGUUCCUAUAUCAUCAUCAUCAUCAUCACAAUUACCAAGUUCAGCUGAUGGGCAUUCUGAAAAUGCAGAAAAUGUAGUAGUACCUGAAAAAAGUCGAGUAAAGAGGUCAGGAACUAAACGUCGAAAACCAGGAAUUAAAUUAACAGUAUUAUCAGUGACUGAUAGUGAUGGUCCAUCAAUGACUGUGGAGUGUCAAUUAGAUACCAGUAAACAAAAAACAGUAAUAUUUAAAUUUGAUCGUAAUGACAUGGUACCAUUGGAUAUUGCUAAUAAUUUAGUUGCGGAAAAUUUAUUACCACAAUCACAGUGUGGAACUUUUGUUGAGUUAAUUGAAGAUAUUGUAAAACAAUUAAGAUUAGAUCCAACACGUAGUCUUCCUCUGGUUGCGCAUGGCCCAGCUGAUCAGUCUGCUGGUGGAAGUCCUGUUACCAGUCGUAGACCAAGAGAUCGAGAACACAGUCUCGAUACGGUUAAGAGAGACGAAACAACAAAUAAUUCCGGGUCAUCAAAAUUAUUACCAAUUGACCAGAUAAUAUCUCACAUUGCCGCGACCUCGACGGAUAAACCCCAACUGAUAAAUAUUGUUAAUUCAACGGAAAAUCAAAAUAUAGCAACAACAACAAAUACAACAGACAAUAGUAUAUCAGAUGAAAUAUCAAGACGAUCUUCAACUUCAACACAAAAUACAGAUACAUUGACCCCAGUAAAUAUUCCAAGUGACUCAAAUGAUAACUGUGAAACUAUUGUAGCCGAAGAUAUGGUAUUAGACUCAAAUAACACAAGUAUUGAAGAAUCAAAUGAAACUAUGUCCAAAUUAGUAGCUACAGAUUCUAAUUAUUCACAACAAGAUAUUACAAUUAAUUUAAAGUCAGCAGAUGAUGAAGGUGUUAUUGAAAUGUCAGGAUUUAAUCAGCCACACCGAAAAUUAGAAUCUCAAAAUAGUUGUAGUGAAUCUCCUCAGGAAGGAUUACUAGAUCCAUCAAAAAAAGCUGUUCCAAUGCGUAAAAUUUCACGUUUUUUAGUAAGUCCUGUUGUUGAACAAAAAUCAUUAUCUAGUGAAUCUGAUACAGUUACCGUUUGCGAAAAUAUAUUAAAGUUACCACAACAAAUGACAGGAUUAAGUUUAGAAAAUAAUAAUAUUAAGGCGGAGUCAGAAAUAUUAAAUGAUUUAGAUGCCAAUAGUAAUACUGAAGCAACAUAUGUGAAACAAAUACCAUUAACUCAACAAUUACAAACACCAAUUCAAACAAUUCAAAAUGUUAAUCAGGUUCAAAUGGGGGUACAACAAAUGAUGGGCCAAAUACAUCCUAAGGCAGUUGUUACUCAGACAAAACAAGAAACAGUUGUUCUUGUACAGACAACAAAUGUUGCUCAACCAGCGAAUCCACAAUUGUUACAGAAUGUUCAAUUUCAACCAAACACAGGUGGAGUUGUACAACAACAACAAGAAACACAACCCAUGACACAAUAUCAAACACAAGUGACUGUUCAACAGCAUUCAGUAAUUCAACAUCAACAUCAGCAACAAGUUGGUAUCCAGCAACAAAAUUUAGUUCAACAGCAUAUUCAACAAGAUCAAAUAUCAGUGGGUCAAGUUCAACAUCAAAUCCCUCAGCAACUUAUUCAACAAGCCCUAUCUCAACCAUCACCAAUUCAAAAGCCACAAUCUCAAACGUCAACGCAUCCGUAUGUUAUAAUGCAGCCUUUACCUCAGCAGAUUCAACAAAAUAAUGUUGAAGAAUGGCUUUGUAGGGCUUCCAGUGUAUCAUCAGACUCUCAUACAUCAGAAACACCAAAUGUAACACAUCUUACUCACUCUCAAUCAGAUCAUAAUCAAUCAAUUCCUCUUUCAACUCCUGUACAAAUUCCAGCACAGCCUACAGAAGUGACACCUAAAAUAAAAACUAAAGAAGUGUCUUCAACUCUCCCAGAUCUCGCGCAAAACCUUGCUAAUAUUUUGUCGAAUCCAAAAUCAAAGUCUACCACUCCGCACAAUAUUAUUAGUCAUGAUCAAUCUAAUAUAACGACUAAUCAGCAUACGUCAAUACCGGUUCUGCAUUCGGAACAGUAUUUCCAACCAAUCCAACCUGAAUUGCCACAAGUGCCAAUUACGACGUAUGUCCAAUCACAAAAUUUUCAAGGACAACAACCACAGCAUCAACAACAGCAAGGAAUCCAUACGCAAAUUCAAAAUCAAGUGGAUGUACAACAACAACAACAACAACAACAACAACAACAACAGCAGCAGCAGCAGCAACAACAACAACAACAACAGGCAUAUCAUCAACAGAUUCAAAAUCAAGCAGAUGUUCAGCAACAACAGCAACAAAUAUAUUUACCACAAAUUCAAAAUCAAGCGGAUGUGCAGCAUCAGCAACAGGCCUAUCAUCAACAAAUUCAAAAUCAACCAGAUGUUCAACAACAACAGCAACAGACGUAUCAUCCGCAAAUCCAAAAUCAAACAGAUGUGCAGCAACAAGUAUAUCAUCAACAGAUUCAAGCUCAAGUAGAUGUACAACAGCAACAGCAAUCUUAUCAUACACAAAUUCAAAAUCAAACAGAUGUACAACAACAACAACAACAACAACAACAACAACAACAACAACAACAACAACAACAACAACAACAACAGCAGCAGCAGCAGCAGCAUCAACAAGCAUAUCAUUCUCAAAUUCAAAGUCAAACGGAUGUACAGCAACAUAUGUAUCACACACAAAUUCAAAAUCAAACAGACGUCCAACAACAAUCUUACCAUUCUCAGAUUCACAAGCAAACAGACAUUCAACAACAAACGUAUCAUUCUCAAAUUCAAAAUCAGACAGACGUCCAACAACAAACGUAUCAUUCUCAAAUUCAAAAUCAGACAGACGUCCAACAACAAUCGUAUCAUUCUCAGAUUCAAAAUCAACCAGAUUUACAACAACAGCAGCAGCAGCAGCAACAACAACAACAGCAACAACAACAAGUCUACCAUUCGCAUCAGCAACAGUCAAUUCAGCAACAACAAUCGGUUAUUCAACAACCUAUUCAGCAAGUAAACCAGCAAAUGGAUCUUCAGGCUCAAAUUGUAACUCAAACUAUUCAAGGCCACAGUCAAAAUUUCACUAUUCAAGGUCAAUGGGUUAUGCCACCUUAUUCUGGGCAAAAUGUCAAUCAACAAUCUACGCCAGUACAGUAUGUUCAACAAUCUGUUCAAAAUUUACAACCUAUUACACAAAUACAACCCCAACAAAUACAAUCGCAAGAACAAUUAGAUAAUACAAAAUUUCUGGAUACAGAAAAUAUGGUUGAUGGCAGCGUCAGUAGGCGAACUAGUUCAGAUUAUCAUACAUUGUCAUCUGAACACGAGAAUUCCAGUUACGAAAUAACUCCUGAGCAUACGAUGAUAGAAUCAACAGAUCUUACCGUUAAUUCUCAUCAUCAAUACAUUCAACAGCAACAUCAUAAGCUUAGUCAGCAAAAUUCAUUGGAUAAAUUAUCUGAGACUGCAAACAGUAGUGGUGGUACAUGCGGACCACAUACAAUUGCGGAUCUUCAGCAAAAGCUUGUUCAAUUGACAAGUCAACCUUGUGAUACGUUAAAUAUUGGAACACCACCAAUAAGUCAUCCAGCAACACCGCAUGGUCCAUCAAGUAUUGUGAGUUAUGAUUCAGCAACUGGUCAUCAUUUACAACAAAAAAUAGUUAACGUACCAGUAUCUUCCGUCCAUUCAGUUGGAUUUAUUUCUCCUCAAGCCACAGUCCACCCACCAGGAACUAUUUACGUUGAUGCUAAUGCCACUAAUACUCUUGAUAGUCAUUUGGGGGAUCAGACAAUCCAACAAUUUGUACAAUCAAAUACAGAAAGUUCAUUGGAUAGUCCAACUGUUAAUCCAUCAUGUACAAGCACUGAAACAAUGAGUCCAAGUAAAGAAAAUGGUAAAUCUCGAACUCAACGAUCGGGUUCUCGACUUCAGGAAUUAGAACAUGAAUUAUCUAAAAUUCAUCAUCGUGGAUUAGUAUUUCCUACAUCAUCUCCACAACCAUUAACACCACCAAUGCCUACUGGUACUACUCAACAAUCAACAAUAAUAAAUCAACUUCCAGCACAUCCAAUUACACAAACUCUUUUGACUCCAGUAAUACCAGUCUCGGGUGUCUCCAAAGGAACAAUUCAGUCGGGUGGUACAAACAAUUCAGGAACUGACACACCUGUUCAAGUUGAAGGUCAAGAUAUCAAUGAACAGAGAGCAUCGUCAAAUCAACCAAUGAGAAAAAUAUCUCGAUUUAUGGUAUCAAAAGUUGUGGGGCCACCUGGUGCGGGUGAAGUUUCAUCUCAGGGUCAAAUAGAACAACAAAAACAGGUACAACAUCAAGAGGAAAAAAGAGAUCGUACGCACACCGUUCAUCACAUGGAAGAAAUUCACAAUACGUCAAUUCAAAUAAUUCACAGCCGUGAAAAUUCAAUGCCACCAGUUUCAUCUUCUGCAGUUACACCAUCUAUUAAUGAAAUAGAAAAAGAAGAAAGAAUACAAUUGUUGACUCCAAGUGAAGAAUAUCAAAUGUUAAUCAAAAGACAAACGUUAGAAUUGGAAACGUUGCAAAAGAAACACAGAGAAGAACUAGAACUUUUUCAACAGCAACAGCUCCAGUUGCUGAUACAGCAGCAGCAACAAGCGAGCGCAUUACAUCAACAUCAACAUCAACCUCUUUUAUAUCAUACUGUUGCAUCAACUGUUACAGGAUCAUCACGACCUUUGGCUGUUGAAGAUUACUUAAUGUUCAGUACAGCUCCACAGACAUCUUUCCAUCGUAUUUCCAAUUACUCCCAAGACACAGAGGAAACAUUACGUUUAGCAACGCAGAAGUUGAAACAGUCACCACAACAGUCUACAAAUAUUCCUCAUACUUAUGUUAUACCAAUUCCAAUAAUGCCUUCAACUGAUAAUAUUCAAAAUGUUCCGAGCUAUGCAUCAGAAGCGGCUGAAAUAAUUGGAUCAACAAAUGGUCCAACAACUGUUUCAACUCAUCCACAGUAUCAAUUUACGCCAAUACUUUCUGACAACAGCAUUACAUCUGCACCAAGUGGUUCUUUAGUUACCUCAACACCAAUACCAACAGCUAGUGGACCUAGUUAUAUUCACUAUCAUGAUCCAAAGACUUUAGCCAAUUUUCAAGCAUUCAGUUAUACACCUCAUAGUGGAUUUUUCCUUCCUGCCGGCUAUCGUCUUAUUUAUGCACCAACUGGAACACCACAGUCGCAACCAACUACUCCUGCUACGCCUCAUGUUGGUAAUUCACACGAUGGUACCCCACCCGGAGAACCUCAACACGAUAAUACGCAAUCCAGCACUUCCCAAUUAGAACAGUAACAUUUUAUGUGUUUAAAAAAAAAAAAAAAAAAAAAAAAAAGUUUAAUUAUUGAUCAACGUGGUUUUGUUAGUGAGUCUUUAUCAAUUUAUGUGUUAUUAUUUAUUUAACUUUUAUUAUUAUAUCUUAUUCUAUAUUGUAAUAAUAAUAAUAAUAAUAAUAAUAUUUUUUAAGUAAACUUUGACUAUUAAGAGAAACUGUUAAACAGCUUUUAUCUGUGAAUAUUUUUUCUGUAAUUCAUUAUUAUUAAUAUUAUUAUUUUAGUAUAUAUAUUAAAAUGUAUUCCUCAACGUGCCAGAAACGCUUGCUGCUUGUUGCGGUAAUAAUGACCGUAUGCGUGCGUUCAAACGAAGAAAAUUUUUUUUUUAUUUUAGUCAAAGAAAAGUAAUAAAGAAAAUAAAGUAUGAAAAGUAAUUAAAAAAUGAAUAAUUCAUCGGGAUCUAUCGUUUUAUACGAAUCCUGAAUAAUUGCUACGAAAGAAAGCGACUAGAUUCUAAUAAGUUAGUAAUAAUUAUAAUAAAAAUUAUGAAAAAAGAUAAAUAUUAACUUUUCACAUUGAUUUUUUUUUGUUUGAGCGACAUUUUAAUGCUCCUUAAUGACAUUGUAAAAGGCAUGGGCGAUUUUUGUGCAGGCCUCAGCUAGUCUUUAUAAUUGAAGUGGCAAGUGGCCAUUCAUAAUUGACAUUAUAAUUAAUUAGUUAAAUAGUUAAUUGUUAAAUGAAUAUUGAGAAUUUUUGAAGAAUUAUAAGACAUUACGCGUGCGCGCGAAAUACAAGUGACGAAAUAAAAAUAAAAUUAAAAAAUAGAAUGAAAUGGUAUAAACGUAUGGAAAUUGUAUGAAAGAAAUUAAAUAUGUAGUCACUAUUAUUACACAUACAUGUGUAUUUUUAUUAAUUUCAACUACUCCAAUUAAACAUAACAAAAAAAAAAAAAGAAAAAAAAUUGUGUUACUAGUUAAUUUGUUUUUCAUAUACAUUGCAUUACAUUAAUUUAAUGCUAUUGAUAUUAAUAAAUGUAUUGAUUAAGUUAAUGAGAAUCCGAUAAUGCUUUUAUUACAUAUUAUUGAUUUUUAUGUCGAUAUAUUCGAGGUUUGCGGUCUUUAAAAGUGAAAUAAAGUUAUUAUUAUUCUUAAUAUUAUUAAUUGCGUGAUAUUUGCAAAAAAAUUAACGUAUUAAUUGUCCUCCUUUUUCUUUGAAAAUGCUGAGAUAAAUCUCAAACAAUAAUGAAAAUUAAUUUUUUUAAUUGUUUUAGUUUUGUUGGUUUUAUUUUAAUUAGCAAAAGUAAUAGAUGAUUUUUGUAAUUUAUGAUAAUGUUAUAUGACUGAAUUCGAGUAAAUUUAAUUACAUGUAAUAUUGUAUUUUAAUUCAAUUUAUGAAUGAUUGAUCGGUGAAUAUGAAUAAAUAAGUACGCGGCUACUAAUUAAAAUUAUAUGAAAAAAUUUUAAUUAACUUCAGCGGGCAAAAAUGGAACGAAAUAUGUCAACUUCGUAAUAAUGAAAAAAUAAAAUCAUUUAAAUAACA